GCGAGGGAGAGAGAGAGCGCUGGAGGCGGCGGGUGUCGGAGCGCUGCUGUUUACAGCGGAGGUUUAUUACUCUUAGGUUGACUUAUUUCUCGAUGUUUCUUCACAAUCUGGGCACCAACAUGCAUUUUAAACCGAGCCGCGAUAGACUUUACACAACACGGUGCUGUGGAUGCUGCCAUGUCCGGACGGGGACAAUCAUUCUCGGGACUUGGUACAUGGUCGUGAACCUGUUGAUGGGAAUCUUGCUGACGGUGGCGGUCACCCAUCCUGAGAACGUGCCCUCGGUUGACCUGCAGUACGAAGUCAUCGAGCACUACUUCGCCUCAGACCGGAUGUCGGAAAACGCUUGCGUGGGAUUCGCCAUCUCCCUCCUGAUGCUCACCAUCAGUGCCAUGAUGGUUUACGGAGCCAUUACACACCGUGAUGGCUGGCUCAUCCCGUUUUUCUGCUAUCAGCUGUUUGAUUUUGCUCUGAGCUGCUUGGUGGCCAUCAGCUCCCUCACCUAUCUGCCCAGGAUCAAGGAUUAUCUGGAUCAGCUGCCGGACUUCCCGUACAAAGACAAUCUUCUCUCCCUGGACUCCAGCUGCCUUCUGCUUUUCGUCCUCAUCUUUUUCGCCCUGCUCAUCAUCCUCAAGGCUUAUUUGAUCAACUGCGUGUGGAACUGCUACAAAUACAUCAACAAUAGAAACAUGCCCGAGAUUGCUGUUUAUCCUGCUUUUGAGACUCCGCCUCAGUACAUCCUCCCCACCUACGAAAUGGCCAUGACGAUGCCGGCGAAGGAGCCUCCGCCUCCCUACAUGCCCGCCUAAAAACCAGCUCUCUGAUCAAGUCACUGCAGAUGCUGUCGUUGGUUUUUAUUAUAUAUUUUUUUUUCCCCCUUUCUCCCCCCUGAUCGAUUGCACUCUUUUCUCUUUAGAGUGACGGAGGGUGUCACGAUUAUCCCCCUCCCCCACCGAUCUUACUUUUUCAAGCUCUGCAUAUUUCAUAGACUUAACCAUCGUCAUCAUCCGCAUGACUUUCAUACACUUGUCGUGACAGCUCAUCACAGAUCUAUUUUUGUAAAUGAAUAGAAAUCAAAGACGCCGGCGAAUUGGGGAGAGAGAGUGUGGUGGGGGGACUGCUCCCCAUCGAGGCGGGAGUAAGCACUGUUUGGAGUGUUUGGAGCCUUAUCGCGAGCUGGGUUGCAUAGUGACUUGUGCUUCUGACGGCUUUUGUAUAGUUUAUUCAUAGUGAACCAUUCUAAUGAAACCUUUCUACUUAGGUGAUGUAGAUCAUCAGCCAGCGGGCAAUGCACAUGAAGCAGUGUAAGCUUUUACUUUUCUUGCCUCUUGUUUUAAUUUUUUUUUUUUUAAGAGAUAUGAAAGAGUUUUUUUUUAUUUUUUUUUAUAGUUUUUUCAUUGUCUACUAACAUUUCAAAGCACUACUUUCUCAGUCAGCUAACGUGAAGGAUUCUGCUUUAGUUUUAACCAUUGAUCAUGACAAUCCAAUGUGAAAUUAAAAAAUACUUUGUUUUUCCUUUUGUGUACGUGGUGUGAUUAAAGAUUAAAAAAAAAAAAAGUUAACGCUUAAGCAAAAGAGGUUUUAGCACUUUAUCAUGUUUUGUAUUCAAGUGUUGUACCAGCUCAUACAUCCCUACAUCCAGUCAUCCAUCAGACCGCACCAUCUCAGCAGCCUUCAUCACGCUGUGUUGUGGUAGAUAGUGAUCAAGCUUUCAAAACAUUUCUGACAAGAGAGAAGGAGAAUCUCUCACGAGACAGUGCUUUGAUUAAAUUAAACACGGCUCUUUCUGCUAGUAUUGUGAAAAUCAGUAGAUGCAUGCUACUCUACUUCUUGGUCUGUUUUUUCUCCCUUGUACACUUUCUGGUAAGUCAGUUAAUUCUGUAAUAAACAUUUUGAAACAUC